ACGCCUCCUUUCCCUACUCCUUUUACACUCUCAAUCUUGAUCUCUUUCGCUCAUUUUCUUCUUCACCUAUCCUUCUAAUCGUAUCAUCAUCUCCGAGGGAAAGCAUACAGAUUUAAGAAGGGAGAGCUUUUUCUAUUUUGAAAGUGCAAGUACUAACAUUGGCUGAGAGAGGGCAGUCAUACAUACAUACGUACAUACAUACAUACAUACAUACAUAGAUAUAUAUAUAGAGAGAGAGAGAGAGAGAGAGAGGGCGCCGGAAGCAAGCAUGAAGGAGAGCGGGCGGAAGCAAGGUGCAGCUCCACCAUGCGCAGCAUGCAAGCUUCUAAGGAGGAGGUGUGCCCAAGACUGCGUAUUUGCUCCUUAUUUCCCUGCAGACGAGCCCCAGAAGUUCGCUAAUGUGCACAAGGUCUUUGGUGCUAGCAAUGUCAACAAGAUGCUCCAGGAGUUACCGGUUCACCAGCGAGGCGACGCCGUUAGCAGCAUGGUGUACGAGGCCAAUGCCAGGGUACGUGAUCCAGUUUACGGGUGCGUCGGAGCCAUAUCAUCACUUCAGCAGCAGAUAGACGCCCUUCAAACCCAAUUGGCCAUGGCACAGGCAGAGGUGGUGCACCUCCGGGUGAGGCAGACCGCAUCGUUUUCACAUCAUGGGUUCGGCCCUGGAAGCCCGAGUAAUAGCGGGUCACCCUCAUCCAAGCUGAUGGGUUCACAAGCUAAACCCAUUUUUGACAUGGAUAUGGUAGUUGACCACGCUAGCUUCGGAGAGUCCAUGUGGUCAUGCUAGCAAUAUGAGUCGACAAAAAAAAGAGAGGUGGUGGCGGUAGCGGUGGCGCUGUGGCGGCUAGAGUGGUUCUCAAGGUCAUUUAGCAUAUUUUGGUUUGAAAAGGGUCUUUAUCAUUAACUAUAUAUGAUGUAUAUGUAUAAUUUUAACUUUUUAUACAUGAGCUUGGUUUUAGC